UUUAUUUAUUUAUUUAAACAAGCCGGUGCGCGCGCGCGUGCGUGUGCGUGUGUGUGUGCGUAAAAGGGCGGCGCGCAUGUCCAGUUCCUCCAUGCAGUCUGCGCUCCAAGCCCGCCAAUCUUGCAACGACUUUUUUUUCCCGCCGCCCCCCCCUCUCCCCUCCCCGCGCUUUCUUCCCGCCUUCUCCCCGGUCCGUGUCCACACCGGACACGCGCACGCGGACGGUGCACUCCACGGCCACCGUGGAAUAUGAAUCUCACCCCGGACUGUCCGCACUCGGCACGGGAACGUCGUUCAUCCUCUUCCUCCUCUUCCUCUUCGCAUGUCUUUCCCGCCCCCUUUUCCCGCCACCGAUGUCUCUCAACACUUUGUGAGGGACGCGGGUCAGGAAAGAUGAGGAUUAAUAUUUUCUUCUGGCACUUUCUGGGCUGCUGUUCCGUCCUCUGGGGCUCGGCGACGGGAGCCUUCCCCAGCUCGGUGCAGAUCGGCGGGUUGUUCAUUAGGAAUACUGAUCAGGAGUACACGGCGUUUCGACUGGCCAUCUUCCUUCACAACACCAGCCCCAAUGCCACGGAAGCCCCCUUCAACCUGGUCCCGCACGUGGACAACAUCGAGACGGCCAACAGCUUCGCCGUCACCAACGCGUUCUGCUCUCAGUAUUCCAGGGGAGUCUUCGCCAUAUUCGGCCUUUACGACAAGCGCUCGGUCAACACGCUGACGUCCUUCUGCGGGGCGCUGCACAUCAGCCUGGUGACGCCCAGCUUCCCCACGGAGGGCGAGGCUCAGUUCACGCUGCAGCUGCGGCCGUCCAUCAGGGGCGCUCUGCUGUCGCUGCUGGACCACUACGACUGGAGUCGCUUCGUCUUCCUCUACGACACCGACCGAGGUUACGCAAUACUGCAGGCAAUCAUGGAGAGAGCCGGGCAAAACGGCUGGCAGGUGAGCGCAAUCUGCGUGGAGAGUUUCAACGAGGCCGGGUAUCGUCGACUCCUGGAAGACCUGGAUCGACGUCAGGAGAGGAAGUUUGUGAUCGACCUGGAACUGGAGCGGCUGCAGAGCAUGCUGGAGCAGGCCGUCAGCGUGGGAAAACACAUCAAAGGCUACCAUUACAUUGUCGCAAACCUGGGAUUCAAGGACAUUUCUCUGGAGAGGUUCAUGCACGGCGGGGCCAACGUGACCGGUUUCCAGCUGGUGGACUUCAGCAAGCCCAUCGUCAUCAAACUGAUGCAGCGUUGGAACAAACUGGAUCAGAGAGAAUAUCCUGGAUCAGAAAGUCCGCCCAAGUACACCUCCUCUCUAACAUACGACGGCGUGUUAGUGAUGGCCGAGGCCUUCCGCACUCUCCGCCGUCAGAAAAUCGAUAUCAGCCGACGCGGCAACGCUGGCGACUGCUUGGCCAACCCUGCUGCUCCCUGGAACCAAGGAAUAGACAUGGAGCGAGCGCUCAAACAGGUGCGCAUUCAGGGCCUGACCGGCAAUAUCCAGUUUGACCACUUUGGACGGAGAGUCAACUACACCAUGGACGUGUUUGAACUGAAGAGCAAUGGACCUCGCAAGAUCGGCUACUGGAACGACAUCGACAAGCUGGUGCUGGUGCAGAACGAGAACGCCUUGUCCAACGACAGCUCAGCCAUGGAGAACAGGACUGUGAUUGUGACCACCAUCAUGGAGGGUCCCUACGUGAUGCUGAAGAAGAACUGGGAGAUGUACGAAGGCAACGAGCAGUUCGAGGGCUACUGCGUGGACUUGGCCUCGGAGAUCGCCAAACACAUCGGAAUCAAAUACAAGAUCUCCAUCGUGCCCGACGGGAAAUACGGCGCCAGGGACCCCGAGACUAAGAUAUGGAACGGCAUGGUGGGGGAGCUGGUUUAUGGGAAAGCGGAGAUCGCGGUGGCCCCGCUCACCAUCACUCUGGUCAGGGAGGAGGUGAUCGACUUCUCCAAGCCCUUCAUGUCUCUGGGAAUCUCCAUCAUGAUUAAGAAGCCUCAGAAGUCCAAACCGGGCGUCUUCUCCUUCUUGGACCCGCUGGCCUACGAGAUCUGGAUGUGCAUCGUGUUCGCUUACAUCGGCGUCAGCGUGGUUCUGUUCCUGGUGAGUCGCUUCAGUCCAUACGAGUGGCACGCUGAGGAGCCUGAGGAGGGAACCACGGAGCUGGGGCCUGCAGACCAACCUCCCAACGAGUUUGGCAUCUUCAACUCACUCUGGUUCUCACUGGGAGCCUUCAUGCAACAAGGCUGCGACAUCUCACCACGGUCUCUGUCGGGCCGCAUAGUGGGAGGCGUGUGGUGGUUCUUUACCCUGAUCAUCAUCUCGUCUUACACAGCCAACCUGGCCGCCUUCCUCACCGUGGAGAGGAUGGUUUCCCCCAUCGAGAGUGCGGAGGACUUGGCCAAACAGACGGAGAUCGCCUACGGGACGCUGGACGCGGGGUCCACCAAGGAGUUCUUUAGGCGCUCCAAAAUCGCGGUGUACGAGAAGAUGUGGUCCUACAUGAAGUCGGCCGAGCCGACCGUCUUCACCAAGACCACGGCGGAGGGCGUGGCGCGGGUGCGCAAGUCCAAGGGGAAGUACGCCUUCCUCCUGGAGUCCACCAUGAACGAGUACACGGAGCAGCGCAAGCCCUGCGACACCAUGAAAGUGGGCGGCAACCUGGACUCCAAAGGAUACGGGAUCGCCACACCCAAAGGCUCACAGUUAAGAACCCCGGUAAACCUUGCCGUUUUGAAACUGAGCGAAGCAGGCGUCUUAGACAAACUGAAAAACAAAUGGUGGUAUGACAAGGGCGAGUGUGGACCCAAGGACUCUGGAAGUAAGGACAAGUCGUCCCAGGCCCUGAGCCUGUCCAACGUGGCCGGGGUCUUCUACAUCCUGGUGGGCGGCCUGGGCCUGGCCAUGCUGGUGGCGCUGGUGGAGUUCUGCUACAAGUCGCGGGCGGAGGCCAAGCGCAUGAAGCUGUCGUUCUCUGAAGCCAUGCGAAACAAGGCCCGUCUUUCCAUCACAGGAAGCGUGGGGGAGAACGGCCGUGUUCUGACGCCGGACUGCCCCAAAGCGGUGCACACUGGCCACGCCUCCCUCCGCCGCCCCGGCCUUGCAGUGGUCUCUUCCGGACUGCCCUAAAAACCAAAAAAUAAACCCGCCGUGCCUUAGUGACACACAAACAUGCAGACUCUCGCACUGGAGGAUCACUCGCAUAUCCAAGACUCAGACGCCAUACAUCCUUUCUUGUUGCCUCUCAUUUAUUUUACUUGAGAAAGUGAAAUACAACACGGACUGAACAACCUUGUUUUUUUUCCUUUUUCCAGUUCUGGAGGAUUCAAGCUAAUAGGAGAGCCACCACGUAUUAAACUCUUGAGCUUAAUCGUCCCCAAUUGGACAGUCUUGGCCAGUAAAACCACACCCCUCAACGACGCCUUACAAAGACUAACCUUUCUGUUCAUCCACAUCGUCCUCAGGCCUGCAAAAGACUCGCGACCAGGCUCGUCCUCCCCUUAGAAGACCAGAAAACUGUAAGCUUGAACUCUUGGACUGUGCAAACUUUGCCAUGGACUCCUCAAAAUGAAGGACAAAGCUUUCUUACUCUUCACGUAGAAUGAUUCUCUCGCUCGAAGCAGCGAGACGGACGAAAGCCCCGACCUUGCGUAAGUCCAGUAUGUGGCCAGCGCGGGCCACAGAAUCCACAAGGGGUUUGGGUCGGAAACAAAUCUGUAGUCUUUCGUCAAUAGCUUCAUGAUCUAGAAUUGCUAAUUAGGUGAGUAUCACUUUUUGCUGCAAGAGUUCCGCUGUAUGUACAAAGACGAUACGGAAAAGAAAGGGAAGGUAUCAAUCAAGUCCUCAGUACUCAACACUGGGACCUCACGGAAGUUUGGAAAUAACCAAAGCCAAUAUGACUUUUUCCCCCAGGUACUUGACCUCGUUCUCUUCAGACCAACAAGCCGUUUUAGACUUCAGUCUCCCAGGGCACACUCACAUCAGACUAUUUGCACUUAAAAAAAGUCCAGUUUGUUUUGACUGGUACACCAAUAUGUAUUGAAGACUGGUAUCCGUCCCAGCGUACCUGACUCACACCCACCAGUAGUGAAUGAUAAUCACCACCUUGCCCCGCGUGGUAGGAAGGGAUGGCACACUGUACAUUCUGUACCUGUGCUGACGGAUGUGUGAGUGUGCCCUCCGUGGCUUAGGGACGUCAGCUCUAGUCCGGAGUCCCUGGGUCAUAGAACCUGAUUAGUCUUGUCACAGGCCGGACGCCACGUAUGGUAGCGUAGCGGCUACUGUACUUGGGAGGGGCGGGGAAGCUGUGUCAGUUCAGGGGUCUACGGUCUAUCGAGGUGACUUCUGAUGGAGACUCUACGAAGAAGUCUCCGUGUUUCCACCGUCCCAGGAUUUCGUAGAAAUGUCCCCACGCCGUCAGAACGGUGCCAAAAACUGUGUGCAGAGUGUUUUAUUUUAUGUGCAGACUCUGUUUCUCCGUGCUUUCAGCAUUUCUCACUUUUAGGGGCCAGCGUUGAAUAAACGGUUAUUGAUUGGUCACGUUCAACACUCACGCUCUUCUGGUCAGAACCAAUCCGCGGGAACUGGUACCGUCUUUGUCUUUACUGAAGGACGCCAUACAAAAGAAAUCUGUAGAUUUUACAGUGAAAAAAUGGCAGCUCAGUCAUAAGAAUGUCAAUUUUACAGUGCAUUACUCUAAAUGGGAAAAUGCCACCACAGUUAUUUAUUCUAGUAAAAUUCUGUCGACUUUGAGCAAAUAUUUUACCGUUAUAUCUUCUGACUAUUUUUGUACACUACAGAAUCAGAAUCAGAAAUACUUUAUUAAUCCCAGAGGGGAAAUUAAGAUUUUCAGCACAAUCCCAUUCAAGAGCAGACAAACAUUUCAGGGAGACAGAACAGGAUCAAACAUUACAGGGAGACAGA